AUGUAUUUUCUUUUUUUCAGAAUUGUGUUUUGUUUGUGUUUUUGUUUGUGUUUUCUACAACAAAAACAGAAUUGUGUUUUGUUGUGUUUCUGUUUUGGUGUUUCAGAAUUAGUGUUUGUUUCGGUGUUUUCAGAAUUAUGUUUGUAUUGUGUUUUCUUUUUUUUUAUCAGAAUUAAUUCUAUGUUUCAGUUUUCAGAAUUAUUUUUUGUAUUUUCCGGUUUCAGAACUACUCUCCUUUUAAAAAAUGUAUUUUCUUAUUUCAGAAUUAUGUUUGUAUUUUCUUUUUUUCUGCAGUAA